AUGCACAGUGAUUUCUAAUCAGAGUAUAGGCUCGUCUCUAAAAAAGGUGAAGGAACCUUCAGCGAAGUCCUCAAAGCCCAAAGUAUCAAAACUGGAAAAUAUGUCGCAAUAAAAUGCAUGAAAAAUCAUUUUACUUCCCUUGAUCAAGUUAAUAAUUUACGCGAAAUCCAAGCUUUGAGGAGACUUUCACCUCAUCCUCAUAUAGUGAAAUUGCUUGAAAUUAUCUAGUAUCCUUUAUAUAGCGAUGAGCCAACAGGCCGUCUUGCAUUGGUUUUUGAAUUAAUGGAGCUUAACCUCUAUGAGUGGUAUUGCUCAUUGAAAAUUCCUCCAAAUGAGCAAAAAAUAAAGCGCUACAUGUAUCAGCUACUUCUCUCUAUUGACCAUUGCCACAGUAAUGGGAUUUUUCACAGAGAUAUUAAGCCAGAAAAUGUGCUUUUAUUUGAAGAAAGCUUAAAAUUAGCUGACUUUGGGUCUUGUCGAGGGAUAAACUCAACGCAGCCUUAUACAGAAUAUAUUUCGACGAGAUGGUAUAGACCUCCUGAAUGUUUAUUAACUGACGGUUAUUAUAAUUUCGCGAUGGAUAUUUGGGGAGUUGGCUGCAUCUUUUUUGAAGCCUUAGCGCUUUCACCACUGUUUCCAGGGAAAAAUGAGCUGGACCAAGUAAAAAAGAUCCAUAAGGUACUUGGAACUCCUCCACAAGAAAUUUUGGAUGAUUUUAAAUCAAAAGCUACGCAUAUGGAUUUUAAUUUCAAACAGGUGGAAGGCUCUGGAAUUGAAAAACUGAUUCCACAUGUGUCCUCACAAGCAGUUUCGCUGAUUAAAGCUAUGCUUACUUAUCAAUGGCAAGACAGAAUUACACCAAACCAAGCUUUAAAACACCCAUACUUCAGUGAUGUGAAGCCUGAAGGGAAAGUUAUGAGAUUUUUCCCAAUUCCUCAAGGACUAACUGCUAGUGAAGGAGACAGCGCGGCUGGGACAUCAAUUUCUAAAGAUCCUAUGUUUCCCCCUAUAGAAAAGAAAAAAUCUCAAAAUAAUUCCAAAGUUAUUGAGAAAUAUGGAAAUAAGAAAAAAUCAAUAACUUUGGACCGAAAAUCACCUUUACUCGUAAAACCAACGGGAUAUAAAUCUCCAUAUGGCGGGAAAAAUUUUUAUAAAUCUUAUUAUUAG